ACAGCUGCAGCGGGAUGCUCUUGGACUGAUUUGUGUGUUAAUACCAGUGACCCGCCGUCUGCGUCGCUCAAAAACGCGUCUGUCGUCGGAAACUUAAGGGCUAUGCGCGCGUUUGCCCUUAUCGUACUCUGACCGCGAAUCGUUCUCUCGUUCGUGCCCACCGUUCGUUUCGUGCGCUAAACCAAAAUGGACAGGUUGCAUUCUUCCAUGCGCAAGCGUCUCUACAGCCUGCCCCAUCAAAUCGGACACAAAUCGGACGAGGGCGACGCGGACGCGCGGAGGAAGAGCGUUCUCAUGAAGUCGCUGGCGCCUUCAGUCUCUCCAGAGGCCGCGAGCAGCGAGCCAGACGCGCUCAGUGCGCUCAGGGGCAACGCGAACGGCGACUGCCGGAGGUUUAAAGGGAGCCUGUCGUCCGUCACCAGCCGCCACGGAGCGGACGCAGAAGCGCACGAGCAGAAGCGACUCAUCGCCGAGGAAGAAGACGACGACGACGACGGCGGCGGCGGCGGAGGAGAUGGGAGUCCAGGGGCAGAUGGAGCGGCAGAGGAGGGUGCGCGCGGCGGCGCUGCUGGUGGCGCGGAGAGGCAGCGCUCGGCCUCCGAGGAGAACGCGACUUUCAUCAAGUUGGAGGACGACGAGCAGAUAGCGCCCGACGACGAGCGCCUCUACCAGGCGGGCUUCGUGCACCGUCAGCUGGGAGCCAUGCUUCAGCCCGGAGUCAACAAGUUCUCUCUUCGAAUGUUCGGUAGCGAGAAGGCGGUGGAGCGCGAACAGGAGCGAGUCAAAUCGGCCGGGUCGUGGAUCAUUCACCCGUACAGCGACUUCAGGUUCUACUGGGACCUGAUCAUGCUGCUUUUGAUGGUAGGAAAUCUGAUCAUUAUCCCAGUGGGCAUCACAUUCUUCAAAGAUGAACAUACGCCAGCCUGGAUUGUUUUCAACGUGGUCUCUGAUACCUUCUUUUUAGUGGACCUAGUCCUGAACUUCCGGACUGGCAUUGUGAAGGAGGACAGCACAGAGAUUAUCCUGGACCCACAACAGAUAAAGGUGAAGUACCUGCGCAGCUGGUUUGCCGUGGACUUCAUCUCCUCCAUCCCUGUGGAUUACAUCUUCCUCAUUGUUGAGACAAGGAUUGACUCAGACUUUUACAAAACGGCCAGAGCUUUGAGGAUUGUUCGCUUUACUAAGAUUUUGAGUUUGCUCAGGCUACUGCGACUGUCCCGGCUCAUCAGAUACAUUCAUCAGUGGGAGGAGAUUUUCCAUAUGACCUAUGAUCUGGCUAGUGCAAUGGUGCGAAUAGUGAACCUGAUUGGUAUGAUGCUUUUGCUGUGCCACUGGGACGGCUGUCUGCAGUUCCUGGUGCCCAUGCUUCAGGACUUUCCUGCUGACUGCUGGGUCUCCAAAAACAAAAUGGUGAAUGAUACUUGGGGUCAGCAGUACUCCUACGCGCUGUUUAAGGCUAUGAGCCACAUGCUGUGUAUUGGAUAUGGCAUGUACCCACCGGUGGGCAUGACAGACGUGUGGCUGACCAUUCUCAGCAUGAUUGUGGGUGCCACAUGCUAUGCCAUGUUUGUGGGUCAUGCCACUGCCCUUAUUCAAUCAUUAGACUCAUCUCGAAGGCAAUAUCAGGAAAAGUAUAAACAAGUGGAGCAGUACAUGUCAUUCCACAAGCUUCCAGCUGACAUGCGCCAAAGGAUCCACGACUACUACGAGCACCGUUAUCAGGGCAAGAUGUUUGAUGAGGAGAGCAUACUUGGAGAGCUAAAUGAGCCACUCCGAGAGGAAAUAAUCAGUUUCAACUGUCGAAAGCUUGUGGCCACCAUGCCUUUGUUUGCAAAUGCGGAUCCCAACUUCGUAACGUCCAUGCUUACCAAGUUACGCUUUGAAGUCUUCCAGCCAGGAGACUAUAUCAUUCGGGAAGGCACCAUAGGAAAGAAAAUGUAUUUCAUUCAACAUGGAGUCUUAACAGUUCUGACCAAGGGCAGUAAAGAGACAAAAAUUUCAGAUGGGUCUUACUUUGGAGAGAUCUGUUUGCUGACCCGGGGCAGAAGAACAGCAAGUGUGAGAGCAGAAACAUAUUGUCGUUUGUACUCUCUAUCUGUGGACAACUUUAAUGAAGUGUUAGAAGAGUAUCCAAUGAUGCGUCGGGCUUUUGAGACAGUAGCACUUGAUCGUCUAGACCGCAUUGGAAAGCGAAACUCUGUUCUCCAGCACAAGGUGCAGCGUGAUCUCAACUCAGGUGUGCUGAACUUUCAGGAGAAUGAAAUUAUCCAACAGAUUGUACAGCAUGACAGGGACAUGGCUCACUGUGCUCACCUAAUGCAGACCCCCUCACCAGGUCUUCACCCAACCCCAGCUCCAUCGUCACACACUCCAGUUAUCUGGGCUCCUCUGAUCCAGGCUCCACUCCAAGCAGCUGCAGCCACUACCUCGGUGGCUAUUGCCCUUACACGCCACCCACAUCUGCCCCAUACACUUUUCCGGCCUCCGGUACCCAUGUUAGGGUCACUAAAAGAUCCAGCAGGUCAUUUUAAAAGGUUCCCUGUGGUUUCUGGUGUUACUGCCUUGGGUAGCUCAUCAUCUGGAGGAAGUUCUCAGCUUGGCUCUGGAGUGGAGACCCCUAUUUUGGAUUCAUUGAGAGCAAAGAGUUCUGCAACAUCUUCCUCACCCCCUUUGCCUUCUGCCUCCAGUUCUUUGCCAUCUUCUACAACAACCACUAUCACCACCAUCACAUCCAGUAUUAGUGAGGCCUCCACCUUUUCCCAAAGACCUGUCAGCAGCUGUGGAUCUGGAUUCGCUAGUGUGGCUCAGCUCCAUCCCCAACCUCAGCUUCCGCAUGCUUCCUUUUCCAGUAUUACUGCUUCACUGCCUGGCUUCUUUCAACAAAGAGCAGUAGGAAGAGACCUGGCUCAAUUUGCAAUUCCCUCUGCUUCCACCCUAACUCCUUUGAUAGCUCACUCCAUUAGCCCUAUACUGACACAACUGCAGUCCACUCUGCCCAAACCUCUUCAAGUUCAGCGCAGCCAGGAGGUGAGCAAAUCAGUUAAGACAACCACUCAUUCCCCUUCUACUGGAUCCCCACUUUUCUCUGCAAAUCCCUUAGAGCCAACAGUUUCAAAUCCCCAGACUCAGGAUCCUCAAAGUAGUGAUCAUCUCCUUCAGCUCUCCCAUGAACCCUCUGCUCUGGCUUCACUUGCUCAUUAUGGCUCUGGAAAUGCUUCCCCUUGUAACACCCCACCAGCUAGGAGCCCUACAUUCCAGAGUCCUAUGGUGCAGAGGAAGCGGACACCUAUAAAUAGCAAUCCCUCAAGUACCUCAGGAUCUCAAAGCUCUUUACUGUCCCCUCAGACCCUUUGUCCUUUACCUUCCCAGUCACAAGAGAGGGUGGGGUCUCUGGUUGAUCUGCCUUCUCAGGACGUCAGUACUAUUUCCAUAUCACUUCCUUCCCAGCGACCAUUUGAGAGACCCAAACUAGUAAGGCAAGGCCCACAGGUCCCAGAUCAGUCACAUCUGGUAUCAUUGUCUGGGUUCAGCCAUACUUCUUUCCCAACCCCUGUUACCAAACCCUAUAGUUCAAUACCUGGCCAUGUUGCCCUGUCAAGACAGACUUCCAAAGUAUCCCAGGCCCAGACUGGAUCUUCUGGUGGUCCUGGGUCUCGAGGCAGUUCCAUUCCAGGAACACCAAGCAUAAACCCCAAACUCCCAUCAAACUUAUGAGAAUGGAUUAUACUCAUCUAUUGUACAGACCAUGUUUUUAUUGAUUAACAGUAUAUACAAGAAAAUAACUUUUAUGAUUAAGAAGAUGUUUGUCUACCUGUAUUUGUAACAUUGCAAUGACUACUUCUCAAAUUAUAAUGCCAAAUGAAAGAAUAGAUAAGUGUCUGAUGAUUGAAUGAGAGAUUAUGUCAUUGUGGGUUUGUGACUGGGUGGUGAAUAAGUAUAAUAUUUGACAUUGUCUUCCAAGUUCCUUUAGCAAUUUUGCAAUACUAAUGAUGAUAAUAUUAUGUAGGGAUAUGCAACAAAAAGCAGUUUCCAAAAAAAAAUUAAGAAAAAAAAGAAAAAAAGACAGAAACAAAACAAACUAAAAAACAAAACAAAACACUUAAGCAGUACAAUAAUAACAGGGUUAUGGGUGAUCCUCAGAUAAAAUAUGCUGGGGAAGAGAUGCAAAUAUACUUCUUGCUAAAUAUAUAUAUACAUAUAUAUAAUUUGUCAUUGUGAAAUAACAGUUGCUAAAGAUUUCACUUAUCAGGUUUGAGAUACAAACACAUAUACACAUCCACAUAGUCAUGUUCAUUAGCACACAUGCACUGACCAUUUCACUAGACCUUCCCCUAGCUAUACUUCCUUGUUAACCAAGGCACACUGCUCAGUGUCUAUGGCCUUUCCUUUUUAAACAGCACUGCCUUAGAGCUUGAACGACCAGGGAACGAUCCCCUCACUUCCACUGCAAAAGAGAUAAGAUAAAGAAUGUAUUGCAAUCAUUUUCUAUGUGCUUUGUAUGUGUACAUGUGUGGUACUUAAGCAAUAAAACUGUAUGCUUGAUUUUGUACCUGUACAGAGAUUUGUACAUUGCAGCUUUCUUCUUAGCAAAUAAAAUGUAAAGAAUCAAAUAAAAUAUAAAGAAUGAUUUCAUAUUAAUAAGAUGUUGUGAUAUAAGCCCAUUUAAUGCCAAAGCUUGAACUGCAACUGUAAGCCUGCAUUGUGAUUGCUUUAUGGUACUGUAAAUGCAUUACACUGUAAUGGACUGGGUAAUCCUGUCCUUGGUGCAUUUCCAUCAUGCAUCCAGUGUUCCCAGGAUAGGAUUGAAAUCCACCACAACUUGGACCAGGAUAAAGCAUUGACUGAAGAUGAAUAAGUGAUGAAUGAGCAUAUUCCGCAUUUUGCAUGCCGUUAUUUCAGUAACAAUAGUAUUUAAUAUCUAUUUGUAAAGAAAACAUAACUUUGGCCCAAUCAGAAAUUUUUGCAAAAACAUUUUUUGACAUACUGAUAAGAAAUGACUUAGAAUUUCCAGAUGUUCCUUUAAAGCGUUGUUUCUUGUUCCUGAUUAUGCAGAAGUGUUGUAAUGCCCACUGUACUGAACAUGAUCUGAAACCUGCAAGACUUGAAAUAUUUAAUCUGGGAGCAACAAAAUUUCAGUCCAUAACUAUUACUCUUUUAACUUAUUACCCAGUAAGUUUCAUUUUUGUAUGUUAAACAAAUCUUCAUUUUGAGUUCUAUAUAUACAGAAUCAUACCUAUUUGUAAGCAUUUGUUUGUUUGUCUGUGAGAAAGGUCAGCAUUUGAAGACUCACAGUUAACAGCUGUUUUUUAAAAAUAUUUUGCAUUUGUUAAGCAUGUGGACAUUGUAGUAUUGAUACUUUUUACACUACCUCAAGUCUUGGCAUUUUCAUCAAUAUAUGUACACGGGAAAAUGAAAUCUAACAAUGAAACACAGUCCUAGACACUUAUCUAGCUUUUUUAGUAUUAGCCUAUUUAUCAGUACUAAUAACAAGUACUCUGUGUAGAUAAUUAAGUUAUGUGAUUAAUUAUGUGUGAGAGUCUGUAUGCAUGUAUGUGGGAUUAUACAUGGAAUAUGGAUUUAUUAUUUUUAUGACAAAUGUAUAGUAGCAUGAGGUACUUUUGCCACAUUGUUUUAUUGUUUUCUGUUUGCCAUCUCUUUAGACAUUUAAGUGUUAUUCUUUUGGAAUGACUAUCAAGAAGGUCAAGUGAAAAAGGUCAUUUGCAUCAGAUUGUGUCACUUUGAGUUUUCC